AUGUAUGCUGAGAAGUUCGAAGAUAUGGCUGCUUAUUCUAAACAAGCUAUGUACGCACCGGAUGAGAGGUGGAAGAUUGAUCAGUUUCUUUUUGGUCUGAGGGGUGAAAUUUCUCAUAGUGUUUCUCAAAGGGAAUUCACUUCUUAUGCUGAAUUGUUAAGGAAAUGUUAUGUGGUUGAGAAUAGUUUGAAGAAAGUUCAAGAAGAAAUGGAUCAGUACAGGAGUGGACAGAGAGACCAAGGAAGGCCAGGAAGCCAGUUUAGGCCUAGAUCUCAGACUUUCAAGGGAAAACAGGUGCAACAUGCAAGACCUAAUCAACCUCCUCAAUGUCAAAGGGAGGGGCACAUGUCUAAGGAAUGUCCUCAGAAUAAGAAUCAGAUGCAGGGGAGAAGCGUCGGUCGAGUUUAUACCUUGGAUGCAAGGAAGGCUAAGAGCAACAAUGACUUAAUUGUUGGUAUGUGUCUCGUCAAUAAUCAUCAUUGUUUUGUAUUAUUUGAUUGUGGGGCGACAUACUCUUUUAUAUCAAUUCGGUGCAUGAAGCGUCUUGGCUUGCAAGCAAUUCCCUUGUCUCCUCAUAUGGUGGUUACUACUGCCAUGGAUGAUGUGGUUGAGACAUUGUUGAUUUGUAAAAAUUGUUCGCUCUCGGUGAAUGGUAGAAUUUUCCAGAUUGAUCUUAUUUGUUUACCACUUAAGAAGGUUGAUGUGGUUUUGGGGAUGGAUUGGCUUUCCGCCAACUCGUUAUUUAUUGGUUGUAAAGAGAAGUUGAUUAUCAUUCCAUCUAGUGAAGCUACUCCAAAGGAUGUGCUAACUACAAUCUUGGAAGUUUUUUCUGAGGAUGUCUCCUCUCUUCCUCCUGAAAGGGAAGUGGAAAUCUCUAUUGAUCUGAUACCUGGGACGACUCCAAUCUCCGUCUCUCGUGUCUCACCAUGGGGAGCUCCAGUGUUAUUAGUAAAGAAGAAGGACAGUAGUAUGCGGUUGUGUAUUGAUUAUUGCCAGUUGAAUAAAGUUACCAUCAAGAACAAGUACCCUCUGCCAAGGAUAGACGAUUUGUUAGAUCAGUUAAAAGGAGUCAGUGUGUUCACGAAGAUUGAUUUACGAUCGGGCUAUCAUCAAAUAAGAGUUAUGAUUUCGGAUGUUCCAAAGACCGCAUUUAGAACCCGAUAUGGCCAUUAUGAGUUCCUUGUAAUGUCGUUUGGUGUAACGAAUUCCCCAGCUGUUUUCAUGGACUAUAUGAAUCGGAUAUUCCAACCCUACUUGGACCAGUUCGUGGUGAUCUUUAUUGAUGACAUUCUUAUUUAUUCUCGUACUCCUCAAGAUCACGGAGAUCACCUAAGGAUUGUUCUAUCAGUACUGUAA